AAGUCGUAGGAUAAAGCAGUUUAGGGACAGGGACUGCACGUCAAACUAAUUGCCAAAUGUAUCCAAAGAGAUGAAUUAAUGAAUUAUCUGAAUUAAUGAAUACAAUGAGGAGCAGGUUACAACAUUCUGGAACUCGUGAUGUUAUAAUCAAAUUCUUCUAUUACAUCAUGUUGGGUCCAUAUCUUGUGUAUGUUUGACAGUGAACAGUAAACCCAAUUCACUUUUACAAAGCACAGCUAGCCAACUAGUAGUUUGACUUGUAAUUUGUACUGCCUACUUUUGAAAGACAAUUUCUUUAAUCAAAAUGACACAGCUCUCCCAGAAGGGUGGGCUGUGCAACAUGAAGAUGUUAUUGUUGGCUGUUAUUUUCUGUCUCCUUUCGCCUGUUGCUGCAAAUGUGUUGGUGUCUUCAGAGCACAAGACUUUGAUGCCAGUGAAGGACCACUCUGUUCAGAACAACCCUGAUGCUACAAAAGAGACCAAUUUUAAGUCAUUGCUGGAACAACUUGAGAGUUUACGGGUGAAAGACGAUUCUUCUCCAGAGCACAGGCCUUUGAUGCCAGUGAAGGACCACCCUGUUCAGGACAUCCCCAAUGUUGCAAAAUGGACCAAAAUGGUGCAAGUGGACCAGAUGCUGGAACAACUUCAGAGGAUGAAAGAUGAUACUUUCCCAGGUAAAGCUAAAGUCCCACAGAUGAUUGUGGAGAAACUUAUUCCUUAUCUACAGGCUUACAAGCAAAAAGCAUUGCAAGGUGACAACAACGUCUUCAAAGAAAAUCUUCAGGCUCCAGCUCCAAAAGCUCAGAAGAGCACCCUGAAGAUCAAACCCAGAGUCAACAUAUUGACUGACCCUUCUUACUCCGAGCCACUUGUGAAGGUGAACCUGAUUUUGGGGCUCGUUUUCUAUGGCUUCAUCGUAAUAGUGGUUCUCUAUGAUGCUGUGAGAAUCUCCAAGGAGGCUAGAAGGCGAUCUGAUGCUAUUGCCACUGCCAGGUUGAAGAAAAGGGAACCAGCCACCGCUGAACCACAGACACUGGCAUCCAGAGUUCGGGAGAGCAUCUCUUCACGGUUUGGUUUGAAACAAGCAUCAUCCACACCACAGUGUGCCCCCAUUUCUGACGAUUCUGCAAAAGAGUUGCAGAAGUCAAAGGAGUUCAUCUCCACUAAGGACAAAUCUGAGUCGGAAAAGAGACCUGGAAAGAGUGCUGUCAGCCUGAGAGAGUGUGAGCCGCCUCUGCCUAGCAUCCCAGAUAACUUCCUUGUGCCUGACUCUGAGCCUGCCAUCCAGGUGGCAUUGAACCCAUUCGACACCAAGCUAGCCAAAGUUGUAUCUGACAAUGCUGAGGCAUCCAACUACGAGGCAACCGAGAAGCCCUGCUACACACAGUCUGGGCUCACUGAGGUUUGCGUCAAUUAAGACUGAGGACUACUUCUUAAACCAAGUGAUAUUGAAUAAAAGCUGCAGAUAUUAAAUCUCCAAAUGAGAUCACAUGGAGACUGCCACCUUUGAAGACUUCCAUUUUCUGUUUAUAAUUUAAUGUCU